AUGGUGAUGUAUGUCGCCCCAAUCUGGGCGGACGCACUCAACAAGAGGGAGAAUGCUGCCCUUCUGCGCAGGCUCCAGCGGGCCAUAGCGCAGAAAGUCGCAAGGACCUACCGCACGGAAGGAAGACAUGACUCGUGCGCAGUUUGGCUGCCGCACUCUGGACGACAAUGGUUGGAACGACCGCACGGGUUCCUCACGUUCCGUCUGGCGCAGGUGCUGACCGAUGGCUGCUUCGGUUCGUACCUGCAUAGGAUCGGGCGAGAGGAAUCCCCGCUGUACCACAAAUGCGGCGCGGCGGAUGACACGGUGCAGCACACCCUCGCGGUCUACACAAGCUGGGAGGAGCAGCGCCGUGUCCUCACUGCGGUCGUGGGCCGGGAUCUUUCGCUUCCGAGCCUGGUCAACGCCAUGCUGGGAAGUGAAGGAUGCUGGAUGGUGGUCGCCUUCUUUUGCGAAGAGAUCAUCCUUCAGAAGGAGGUAGCGGAGCGCGAGCGGUAG